AUGGAGAAAUUUCUCUUGAAAAACCAACGCAUUAUUAUGCUGAUCAAGUUUCUGGUUUCCAUUGUUGUACUCACCGUCACCUUCCUAUCAACGUCCUUAAACCUUGCUUCUGCCAGUGGGAGCAGCGAAACCGAUAGGCUAGCUUUGCUUACAUUGAAAGAACAUCUUAUUGGUGGCAAUUCUCCAGGACCUCUAUUUUCAUGGAACGAUUCGCUCCAUUUUUGCUAUUGGCAUGGUAUUCGAUGUGAUCGGAAUGGCCGGAGGGUCAUCGGAUUAGAACUCGGUGGCCUCGAACUAGCAGGCUCCGGCACCAUAUCACCUUCGAUCGGAAACUUAAGUUCCCUUCGAGUGGUCAACUUAUCCCACAACAGUUUGCAUGGAAACAUCCCAGUGGAGCUUGGGCAAUUGAAGCAGCUUCGUUUGCUUGAUCUUACCAACAAUAGUCUCCAUGGAAACAUUCCAUCUUCUUUGUCCAAUCUUUCUUCGUUGGAUUUUCUAAAUCUUGAAAAUAAUCAGUUGGAGGGAAUUAUACCCGAUGAUUUGGGGAAGUUAUGGAACUUGCAAGUACUUGUUUUAAUGGAGAAUAAUCUUUCUGGAACUAUUCCUUCUUCAAUUUACAAUCUUUCAUCUUUGAGAUAUAUCCAUUUGGGUUCGAAUCAAUUAUCUGGGGAGCUUGAACCAGAGACAGGCUUUUCGUUUUCGAAACUCGAAGUACUUUACAUCGGAGGUAAUCAAUUCACCGGAAAAAUGCCAAGAUCGUUGGCUAAUAUCUCAAGCUUGGAGCAUCUUGACAUGCAUUCAAAUGGUUUCAGUGGAUCGGUUCCUGAGAAUCUGGGAAAGUUUCAGAAUCUUGAACUGUUAGCCAUAGAUUAUAAUCAUCUUGGAACUGGGGAAGCUGGAGAUUUGGGUUUCGUUUCUUCUUUAACCAACUGCACUCGAUUGAGAGACUUGGCGAUUCAUAUAAACAGAUUCGGCGGGGUUUUACCUGAUUCUGUAGCGAAUUUAUCGAGCCAGAUUGAGUUUCUUUACAUGGGAGGGAAUCGGAUUUCUGGAAAAAUUCCUGAAGGAAUUGGCAAUCUUGUUAACGUCAAUCAGCUUCAUUUAGGGGAGAAUUUGUUAACCGGAAAGAUUCCAAGUUCCAUUGCAAAGCUUCAGGAUCUUGUACGAUUUGACCUCUCCAAGAAUCACUUAACUGGUGAAAUCCCAUCUUCCAUCGGCAACCUUUCUCGAUUGUCUUAUCUUUACUUAGAUGGUAACAAUUUUGAGGGAAAGAUUCCAUUGACACUCUGGAAUUGCAGAGAGAUGUUCAUCAUGGAUCUUUCAGGGAAUCAACUCCAUGGACGCUUAUCAAAUCAGCUGAUUGGUGCUUUCCAAAGGUUGAUUACUUUGAAUUUGUCCCACAACUCUUUCACUGGUGUAUUUCCAUCUGAUAUAGUUAAGUCCAAGGAUCUUGUGGAAUUAUAUGUUGAUAACAACAAUUUCACUGGUGAAAUUCCGGGCCAAAUUGCUGAGAUUUCUGCACUGAGAAUCCUACACAUGCAGGGAAACUUGUUUAAUGGCAGCAUUCCUCCAUCUUUUGGUUUCUUGAGAGCAAUUGAAAGCUUGGAUCUUUCUGCAAAUAAUUUGUCAAACACAAUACCAGUUGAACUUCAAAAGCUUCCAUUUUUGGUGAGUUUAAACCUUUCUUUCAACCAAUUAGAGGGUCAAGUUCCACGUGAAGGUGUUUUUAAGAAUUCCAGUCGGUUUUCAAUUAUGGGAAAUCAAAAUCUAUGUGGGGGAAUCCCAGAAAUUCAGAUUCCAAGAUGCUUUGAAGAUCAAGAAGAAAAGAACAAGAGAAAAGCUCUUGUUAGUAUAAUCAUUAGCAUCUCGGUUGCUUCAAUUUUACUUUUUCUUAUUGUUAUCAUUUGCUGGAUAAAACGCACCAGAACGGAACUAAUAGAUAUCCCUGAAGCAUUGGUGAUGACCGCCUGCUGCUCACGAGUCUCGUAUAAGGAACUUCUUGAUGCCACCAAUGGCUUCUCGGCAUCCAACUUGCUCGGUGAAGGCGGUUUCAGUACUGUCUAUAAAGGAAUCCUCCAUGGACACAAAAACCCCAUUGUCGCCGUCAAGGUAUUGAACCUUCGUAACCUUGGGGCAAUCAAGAGUUUCGGAGUCGAAUGCGAAGCUUUAAGGAAAAUCCGGCAUCGGAAUCUUGUCAUGGUCAUAACUUCUUGCUCAAGCAUCGACUUCCAAGGCAAUGACUUCAAGGCUAUAGUUCUGGAAUUCAUGAGUAAUGGAAGCUUAGAAAAGUGGCUGAAUUGUGACUCUUUACGUCAUUUGAGCUUCGCUCAACUGUUGGACAUUGCUGUAGAUGUGGGCAAUGUUUUAGAUUACCUUCACCACGAUUGCGAAUCCGCGAUUGUUCAUCGUGAUCUAAAGCCGACCAAUGUUCUUCUUGACGACGACAUGGUUGCACAUGUUGCUGAUUUCGGGUUGGCAAAGAUCGUUUCCGAUGCUGCAAGCAAACUCGGUUUCGAGCAAGCAAGUUCCUCAGUCAUCAAUGGAACAAUUGGUUAUGUUGCCCCAGAAUACGGCAUGGGCGGUCCGGCGUCGCCGAAAGGCGACAUUUACAGCUACGGGAUUCUUCUAUUGGAGAUGAUCACCGGAAAAAAACCCACGGAUGAUCUAUUCCACGACGGCUCAAGCCUCCAUAAUUUCUGUAAGACGGCAUUAACGUCGUCACGAAAGCUGAAGGAAGUUGUAGAUUUUCAAUUGCUCAAACAAAUUAACGAUCAUCCGGACAAGAGUCCAAAAGCAAGACAUGAUGGUGAACAGAACAUGAACAUCAGUGGUGAAGACAUUAUUUGGGAAUGUUUUGUUGCUUUCAUUAACGUUGGUGUUGCAUGCUCUAUUGAAGUUCCAGUUGAGAGAAUGAAGAUUAAAGAUGCCAUUAAAGGACUGCAUGCAAUCAAGGGAGUAUAUCAUCAUAUAAUUAACCAACCCAAUCAGUGGAAUUCACAAUUGAAUUAA